AUGGCUCUCACCCUCAGAAUUGUAUUGUCUACUCUUCUUGUCAUCAGCUUCGCUGCAAUCGCUACAUCUGAAAGUUGCUUGUACCUGGUUAGAGUUCAGACAGGAUUUGGCGAUGGUUCAGGAACUGAUGCGAAAGUGAAACUCCAAGUAUUUGAUCACAGCGGCAAGAACUUUGUAAUCGACAGCCUCGAAAAUUUUGGCAUAAUGGAACCAGGCCACCUGUACUUUGAACGCAGCAACCUGGACUUGUUCAGUUUCUCAAACGUUUGUCUGAAUCCUUGCAAAAUAUAUUUGGAAACAAACGGGUGGGGGAACAGGCCAGACUGGAACUUGGAAUACGUGGAAAUCACCACCAAAGGGCCUGGCAUAGCUACCCAGGUUGGCUUCCCGGUGUCCUAUUGGCUGGGGCUUGGUUACCCCUUCACCGUCAACUUGUGCCUCCCUGCUCGUCGUCAUAAUUAG